AAGAAAAGUUCCCUAAAGACAAAUUAAUUAACCACACAACUUUUAUAAAUCAACCUUUAGUGCAAAGCUUUCCCACAUAAAGCCUGAAAUAUAAACCAUAUGAAGAGAUAGCACUUAGGGAUCAAAAGUACUCAUAACAUGAGUACUACAAGGAGCUACCAUGUCCAAGCCAUGGAUAUUUGCUUUCAAACAGCUCCAACCUUCAUUGAAUGGCUCAAACCCUCUCCUACUACUCCUCCAUCUCCCACUUUGACAACUAAAAAAGAUGAUGCAGGGAGAAAGGAGAGUUUUGGAGUUAAAGAGGAGAAAUUUGAGAAGGUUACGGUGGCGUUGCGCAUAGGAUUGCCUAAUACAGGAGGAGACUCUGAUGAUACGGCCGGUACAAAAGGUUUUAAGUGGAACGAAGAAGAGGAAGAGAAAGAGAAGAGAUUUCACGGACAUGGUUUUAACAGAGAGAGUAGGUUUUGGAUUCCUACACCAACACAGAUCCUCGUCGGGCCUAUGCAAUUUGCCUGUGCUAUAUGCAGCAAGACCUUCAAUAGGUACAACAACAUGCAGAUGCAUAUGUGGGGACACGGAUCCGAAUACAGAAAAGGACCGGAAUCGCUCAGAGGGACCCAACCAGCCGCAAUGCUGAGGCUACCUUGCUACUGCUGUGCUCAAGGGUGCAAGAACAACAUCAACCACCCGAGGGCGAAGCCAUUGAAGGAUUUCAGAACACUCCAAACCCAUUACAAGAGAAAGCAUGGGGCUAAGCCAUUCAUGUGCAGAAAAUGUGGGAAAGCAUUUGCAGUGAAAGGGGACUGGAGGACUCAUGAGAAGAACUGUGGGAAGCUGUGGUAUUGCACUUGUGGUUCUGAUUUCAAACACAAGAGGUCACUCAAGGAUCACAUAAGGUCUUUUGGUAAGGGCCAUUUACCUCAUCCUUCUCUUGAAGGGUUUGAGGAUGAUCAUGAGAGGGAAUGCAUCACCGGGUCCGAAGAUGAAAUGGUUCAGUAGCCGGCCAGGUUCAGGUAAAAGUUGUGUUUGGAUCUUGGAUUUUAGAAGGGAUUUGCAGAGUGAAAAGAACAGAAAAUAUAGGUACGUAGAAAUCAACCACAAAAAGAACACAAAACACAGUCACAUGAACUGGUACUCACUUGUGUGACUACUGUGUGUACUUUUUGUGAUUGAUUUCUGAAGUGAUAAUUUAUGCGUUUACUAUGUGCAAAAAAUAUCCCAAAAAAUUUCAUAUAAGUGGACCAGAUUCAAUUGGGGUGUGGCUUAUACCAUGCCAAAGUUGAAUCUCCACCACAUGCAUGCUUUCUGGGUACUUUCAAAGUAUGUUUUUUCACGACGUAGAAUUUUACUAAAUUGUUUUUUUUUUCCCUCCGCAAAUCUCUCCGCGAUUCCAAUAUCUAAACACAGGCUUAAGUAUUUUAGUGGAAAAUGUUUUUUUUUUUAAUGUCAAGAAGGCUUGUCCAGGCUUGUGCUCAGUAACAAAGCUAUCUCAGCAGCUUAAUUUCUAAGCAUAUAGGGAGGGGUUUGGUACUGAGCAAUUGCUGAGUGAUGAGGAGUACUACUAGUGAUCUACUAUUAAGUGUUUGCAAGGGAAGUGGUUUGACUAUAUAUAAUAAGGUGAUUACCUUGUGGAGUCCUGAAGCAGAUGAAUUUUCUUCUUUAUACAAAGUUUGUGAUUCUAUGUUCAAGCUUUUGUAAUCUCCCCAUGUGGAGAAAAUUUGUCAGCUUCAUUGCUAUUGGUAAUCAUAACGUAUUGGGAUUGUACUUC